AUGCCUUUAAAUUGCACAAGCUUGGCUACCAAAUUCCCACAUAUCUUGGGGGGAAUAAAAACAACGGCAACAGCAGCAACAACCCAUGUAGGAGUAGGAGUAGGAGGAGGUUUCUUUAACUUAUUUGAUAAAACCCAUCAUAACAAUUCUCUCUGCAUCGCUUCUCUUCCUUUAAACCAGAGAUACAGCAGCCAAAGAUACUGUCUUUCCUCUCCUUAUGUAAUGGAGGAUACGAAAGACAUGGGCUUUUCUACUCAAGAACCUGAACAGUAUUCAAAAGAAUUGGAUAUUGCUGUCAGGGCUGUGCAGAUGGCUUGUUCCCUUUGUCAGAGAGUGCAGGAAAGUUUGAUUUCAAAAACUAGUAGUCAGGUACAAGCCAAGGAUGACAAUUCUCCUGUUACUGUUGCAGAUUGGAGCGUCCAAGCUACUGUCAGCUGGAUACUGUCUGAGACCUUAGGGAGUAGGAAUGUGGCAAUUGUUGCUGAGGAAGAUGUUCAAACUCUCUCCAAAGCUGAUUCAGCUGGCCUACUAGAAGCUGUAGUUCGGACUGUGAAUGAUUGUCUAGCGGAAGCACCUCGUUUUGGUCUUAAAGCUCCAGGAACAACCCUCGGCGGUUCAGAGGUUCUUCAAGCCAUCAGUCGUUGCAACUCAACUGGGGGUCCUAAUGGAAGAUUUUGGGCACUCGACCCUGUUGAUGGUACGUUGGGAUUUGUUCGUGGCGAUCAAUAUGCUGUUGCUUUAGCUUUAAUCGAGGAUGGCGAAGUUGUUCUUGGAGUUCUUGGUUGCCCUAACUACCCAAUGAGAAAAGAAUGGCUAGGCUAUCACCAUCGCUACCAUAGAAUUAUUUCUAAGUUGACCCCACCUACAUCAGAAUCUUGGGACAAAGGCUGUGUGAUUUAUGCAAGAAGGGGAAGUGGUGAAGCCUGGAUGCAACCUCUAAUACAAGGACAAAAGAAGCUAGUGUGGCCAAACUCUGCAACACCAGUCAAAGUAUCAGCCGUUGAAAAUCCAGCACUGGCAACCUUCUGCGAACCAGUUGAGAAGGCAAAUUCAAGCCACUCCUUCACAGCAGGGCUAGCUCACAGCGUUGGGCUUAGGAAGCAACCAUUGCGAGUUUACAGUAUGGUGAAAUAUGCUGCGAUUGCUCGUGGAGAUGCUGAGAUUUUCAUGAAGUUUGCCAGGGCUGGCUACAAGGAGAGGAUAUGGGAUCAUGCAGCUGGUGUUGUUAUCAUUCAAGAGGCUGGUGGUGUGGUGACUGAUGCUGGAGGACGCCCACUGAACUUCUCAAAAGGUAUGUACUUAGAAUGUCUCGAUCGGGGUAUAAUUGCUUGUGCUGGAGCCAAAUUACAUGAAAAGAUUAUCAAGGCUGUUGAUGCUAGCUGGAACUCCUCUUGUUUGUAA